GUGCCUGCAACCUGGUCAGGGAGUUUUAUCUGUGCAGCCAUUCUCUGAGGAUGGACAGUACUCACGCUACAAAGUCCUGUGUGCUGAUUCUCCUUGUAGCCCUACUGUGUGCAGGAAGAGCUCAGGGACUGCAGUGCUACGAGUGCUAUGGAGUCCCAAUUGAGACUUCCUGCCCAGCAGUUACCUGCCGAGACUCUGAUAGAUUCUGCAUUGCUCAAAACAUAGAAUUGAUUGAGGGCUCUCAAAGAAGGAAACUAAAGACCCGUCAGUGCCUUUCUUUCUGCCCUACUGAUUCUAAAUAUAUGCCGAUCAUGAAUCCUAACAUCAAGGAGAAGACUUCCUGUUGCAAGGAAGACCUCUGCAAUGCAGCAGUUCCCACUGGAGGCAGCACCUGGACCAUGGCAGGGGUGCUUCUGUUCAGCCUGAGCUCAGUCCUCCUGCAGACCUUGCUCUGAUGGUCCUUCCAACAACCCCCACCCUUUUCCUUUUAUCUGCAUAUGCAACCACUCUUUCCUGGAGUCCUCGAGUGACAAAUUAUAUGUUAUAAAAGGUCCAAUGUGGGGAUAGUGUGUUGAACACCCUGCUUCACCUUUAUAGCCCCUGCUGGGUAAGUGCCUCACUCCUCUUAGAACUUUCAAAUCUGUACUUCUUGAAUGCCAUUUAGUUGUGGAUUGCUAUUCUUGGCCCUGGAGGCAUGUGGACAGCACAUGGAAGAGGCAGUAUUCCAAGGUAUUAUACCAUCACCAUCCACACAUAAGUAUCUGGGGUCCUGCAGGGUUCCCAUGUGUUCCUGUCAGUGACCCCUGUUGAGUCCAAUAAACCCUUUGUUCUCCCAGCCA